GAUAAUAAAAAGCCACUUCUAGCGUUUCAUAUAUAUGUUGUUUUUAUCUUAAUAUGGAACUUAGAAAUGUGAAUUUUACGUUAUUUUUAAUUAUAACUCAGUGUUUCGUAUGUAGGAUCUUUGCGAGCUAUAAUAAAGAUGUAGUUUGCAUUGUAGAAAAGGGAGACACAAUAUGCAAAGCAGCAGGAACUCGAAAAACAGCUGACGUUAACCUUCCCUCACACGAACCUUAUAUACCAACAAAAGAACCAGCAAUAUUUUAUGAUUGUUCAUCCCUGCAUUGUGAUUCUAUAAAACUUUACUCGUUAACACAAUUAUCAACCUUGGCCCAAAAUCUAAGGUUUUGUUAUCUGGAAGGGAAAAACUACAAUUGUCAAAAAUUAAAAUAUCGUAGCUACAAAGAUAUAGAUAAGUUACUAUUUUUAUCAAAUAAUAUACCAAAUAAGGUAUUCUAUUUCGUCGACUGCUUGAUGUACUCGGACGGGGCGCGUGUGUGCCAUAGAAAGGAGGAGAUUGAUUCUCACGCCAAAUUAGUCGAUACUGGGAACAUUGUGCGACCGAACGAAGCCAACAUUCUUUCGCAGGAUGAAUUUAUAUGCGAACAGAGUGAAGACAAAAGAAUUAUAUGUGAUUUCAAUCAAUUUGUACCGUAUAAUGAUGAACUUAAAUUAAAGGAUUCUUUAAAAACUAAAACCAAUAUACUCUUAAAAACAGGUACAUCUCUAGUGAAUCUAGACUAUAGUUGUCUGAAUUCUUGGUGUGGGUAUUCUGGGCAAAUGUCUCCUACUCGUAGAAUAGAGCAUUACGAGCCACCAGGAGGAAAAGUGUACCGCUGUUAUUACGCAAAAGGGCAGCAGGCUUGCAAGGAAUUAUACGGUAGAAUGAGGUCAGUUUACAACGACCGAGAUUGGUUAAGUUCUUGAGACAUGAUACGAGAGACAAUUUAUAUAAUACACUUUACAAAUACCAUUGGUAAUAGUUGCUAGAAUUUUGAAGGUAUGUAAUCUCUAGCUAGUUACAAGAAAUUGGUAAUUAUAAGAUGUACUUAUCAAAAAUUAUUGCGAAAAGGCUGUUCAGCAAAAAGACAAAUUACCUAUUAAAUUAAAUAUUUAUCUUAAUAAAAAUAUAAAUAAACCUUUAGAACGUAUUAAAAUUUAACUCAAUUCUUCAUUGUUUCUUUUUAAUGGACCGUAAAAUUGAGUCACAGAAC